AUGACGAUGGAAAACAUGGGCGAGCUCCCGGCUGAUCAACAAAUCAUCGGUGAUUCGUCUAACAGUAACGGAACCACCACUCAGAGCCAACCCUCUCCACAAGAACCGGAUUACGUGAACCCCCAAGACGAACUCGAAACGAGCAUCACUCGCUCUGAGGCCAUUCCGGUCAGUGUGAGCAGCAUGAUCGACUCGAGCGAGUUCCGCUCCCAGAUGGGAGAUGUUACAUAUCAUACACUCAACGGCAGGAUGAGCCCUAGUUACAGCCCAAACAACUAUGCUACUUUGACACCGUUACAGCCACUUCCUCCUAUCUCCGCAGUUUCGGAUAAAUUCAGUCAUGUCAAUGUUUCGGGCCCUAACGUCAGCGGCAGCUUUACGCUCAUGCCUCAAAACAACGGACUCGGUGCAGGAAUCAUGGAUAUGUCUGCAUACGGGCACAGGUACCAUGAUAAACUAGGCAUGACCGGGGUGAGUAUGAAUAUGGGGCCCACACUGGGUGCCACUGCGAUGACCAUGAUGUCUAGCAAUAAUCUGAAUUACCAACAGAGCCUCGGCUCAUAUGGGUAUCAUAUUCAAAACGGGCUAGCAUCGCCAAAAUCCGAACCCAAAAUGGCAUCACCCAACAGUUAUGUAGACUCGUAUGCAGCCUCGCCCAUGCGAAUGGACCACAACGUCACAAGAUUACACUCACCAAAUUCUAUGAUGGUGAUGAAUGGAAUACACAGUGCCCCAACACCAUCACCUCACAGUGACAGUCCUCACCGGGACAGAGCUGGGACAUCCCUGGACCUACAGAACAAACAGCAGCAAGAAAUUGAGGAGAUAAACACUAAAGAACUGGCUCAGAGAAUAAGCAGUGAACUCAAGCGGUACAGUAUCCCACAAGCUGUUUUUGCUCAAAGGGUGUUGUGUAGAAGUCAGGGUACCCUAAGUGACCUGUUAAGAAAUCCUAAACCUUGGAGCAAACUAAAGUCUGGUAGGGAAACAUUUCGAAGGAUGUGGAAGUGGUUGCAGGAACCUGAGUUCCAGAGGAUGUCAGCGCUGCGUCUUGCAG